CUAUAAAAGAAAACGCCCUCUUCUUCUUUCCUGGUACUUUGUUCCAGCUCUGUGAACUCUCUUAGUUAAAGCCGGAGUCAGAUUAUUUCAUUUCGCUUCGAUUUUUUCUUCUUUUCUUUUCUUUUCAAGCGCCAGGAGGAUUUGAGAUGUUGGGUGUGUUUAGCAGCGCCAUCGUUUCUCCGCCGGACGAGCUGGUGGCGGCAGGAUGCCGGACGCCAUCUCCAAAGAUAACGUCGGAUGCGCUGGUGAAGCGCUUCGUCGACACCAACCCCUCCUCUGUAUCCUUACAGAUCGGAGAUAACGCGCAGUUGGCCUACACCCACCACAGCGAGUCCAUGCUGCAGCCCAGAUCAUUUGCAGUUAAGGAUGAUAUCUUCUGCUUGUUUGAGGGAGCACUGGACAACUUGGGAAGUCUAAGGCAACAAUAUGGCCUUGCCAAGUCUGCAAAUGAAGUGAUUUUGGUCAUUGAGGCUUACAAGGCUCUUCGUGACCGGGCACCCUAUCCUCCCAACCAUGUUGUUGGCCAUCUUAGUGGGAGCUUUGCUUUCAUUGUCUUUGACAGUUCUACUUCCACCUUGUUUGUGGCUUCUGAUCAAUUUGGAAAGGUUCCUCUCUAUUGGGGAAUCACUGCUGAUGGAUGCUUGGCCUUUGCUGACAAUAUUGAUUUGCUUAAAGGUGCUUGUGGCAAGUCACUAGCUUCUUUCCCACAAGGAUGCUUCUACUCGACAGCAGUGGGAGAACUGAGAAGCUUUGAGAAUCCUAAGAAUAAGAUCACUGCAGUUCCUGCUGAGGAGGAAGAAAUCUGGGGUGCUACUUUCAAGGUGGAAGGACCAGCAGUUCUUGCAGCUAGAGAGUAGAAGACUUCUCUAUAUCCAGGAAGAGAAGGAGAGUUCAUGAUGAAGCUGUACAAUCGGCAUAAGGGGCCAAUGUGAAUUGCUGAGUAUGAAUGUACAAGUAACAAGUGCAAUAGUAUGGUUGUGAAAAGUAGUUGCGACUUGUUUUGUAGGUUGCUAGCUUUGUACCAAGCCCUUCUGUUUCUUACAUGUACAGUACAUCUCUGUUUUCUAGACAAAUAAAAGUUUGUUAGCUUGA